AUGGCCAACCCAUUUGCCUCGACCCAUUCCCUCGACACGAAUCCAUUUGACGACCCAGCUCCCCAACAACAAGCAACCGAUGCUCGCCUUGAACAGCUACGACAACGUGAAUUAGACUUGGAACGAAGAGAGCAAGAACUAGCGACCAAGGCGGACAACAUACGCAGAAAUGGCAGAAACAAUUGGCCACCGUUCUUCCCACUCAUAUUCCACUCGAUCCGAGACGAGAUUCCUGAAGCGUCCCAGAGUCUCAUCACGCGCUUAUAUCAGCUCUGGCUUGUCCUUGCUGCCACGCUUAUCUUCAACAUGGUCGCAUGCAUCCUCAUACUCAUCGCUGGGUCGCGAGAUGGUGGAAGGGACGUUGGAGCUAGUAUCGGUUACGUCUUCUUCAUUUCUAUCACUUCGUUCCUCCUCUGGUAUCGUCCGAUUUACAACGGCUACAUGAAAGCAAGAACAAGCUCUGUAUUAUUAUUUAUAUUUCUUUUUUGGAGGGUUCCACUUGCUCUUCAGUAUCUAUAUGUUAGUCAAGGCUUUUACUACUCUUGGAUUCUCACCGAGACUUUUGCACAGGAUCAUUGGUGUGCCAAGCACUGGAUCGGCUGGGUUGAUUCAGAUGAUCCAAAUGUAUGCGGGUCAUCACUGGCUGUCGGCUGUGUUUUUGCACGAUCGCAACAGUUGGCUGGACGGUUCAGGGGCUGGGGAAUGCCUUUUACUACCGACAGAUUUACGCUCACCAUAGUGCUGCUGGUCAUACAAUGGAAAAGGCCAAAAACGAGCUGGCCGUACAUGGCGCAAAAUCGUAUUUCUCUCGUGGAUAGUCUACUGUAUGCUACUCAUGUAGUUGAGGACAAUAUGAUCGCAUUGUCCUGA